ACCAGACCAACUUUGUAAUGUCAGACAUUCCUGUAGCCUCUGAAGUGCCUGACGAAGAGGAAGAGGCGCUUCAGAAGUUUCUUGGAACGACAUCCUUUGGCAAACAAACGAAAGGCGCCGAGGUCAACAACAGAUUCGAGCAGAGUAAAAGGUCGCAGCCCGUCAUCUCACAAGGCGACAAGAAGACCAAGCGCGACGAAGACGACGACGACGACUCGGACGAAUCAGACGAAGAAGAUGAAUGUCCCGUGUCGCACGAGAUGGUCUUCAAAACUCACGACCGCGCCGUCACAUCCAUCACGUUGGACGCUUCAGGAGGACGCCUGGUGACGGGCUCAAGCGAUUGCACCCUCAAGUUCCACGACUUUGCCUCCCUCACGCCCUCCACCAUUCGCGCCUUCAAGUCCGUCGAUCCCUCGUCUGUCAAAGGCUCUGCCUCGUCCGAGACUCAUCCCGUCCAGCACGUCGAGUUCAAUCCCAUCGCACCAUCCACCAUGCUGGCCAUUACCGCCCAUCCCCAGCCGCGCAUUCUUGAUCGCAAUGGAGAAACAAUCGCCGAGUUUGUCAAAGGCGACAUGUAUCUACGCGACAUGCACCACACCAAGGGCCAUAUUUCUGAAGUCACCUGCGGCGUCUGGCAUCCGCAAGAUCGAAACAUUUGCGCCACUGGAGGAACAGACAGCACCGUCCGCAUCUGGGACAUCAACAACCCGAGACAGCAAAAGACUGUCAUAGUCCACAAGUCUAGAGCUGCCGGCUCUGCUGGAAGGACGCGGAUUACUGCUCUGUCUUGGGCUGCGACCGCUCAAUCAAACCUCCUUGUUGCUGCUGCUCUUGAUGGCAGUCUAGUCAUGUGGGAUGCUAACGGGCCCUAUACAAGACCUGCCGCUGAGAUUCGCGAUGCACAUAAGAAAGACACCUGGACUAGUGGCCUGCAGCUCAGCUCUACCGGUCAGCUUGUCAUUACCCGUGGAGGCGACAAUACUAUCAAGCUAUGGGAUACUCGGAAGUUCAAAACACCUCUCAGAACUGUCGACUUCCCAUCAAUCUCUGAUCAAUACCCUACCUCGAACAUCUGUUUCUCGCCAAGAGGUACUGAAUUGCUCACUGGCUCUGCAAACGGUGACCUCCACAUUCUCAACUCUGCGACUCUCAGAUCAGAGUUAGUCACUCCCAUAACACCAGGCUCCGCUAUAAUCAGCGUCUACUGGCACAAGGAGCUGAACCAAAUUAUAACCGGUUCAGCCAACGGUGAGACCCAUGUCCUCUACAAUCCUAACCUGUCCCAAGGUGGUGCAAAGACUGUCAUGCUCAAGGCUCCAAAGCGUCGUCACAUUGAUGACGAUCCAAAUCUGACCAUGGAUCUCUCUCACGGUAUCGGUGGUGAUGCUGUCAUUCUUCCUGGAGGCUCUGCUCCAUCAGCUGCGUCCUUUGCAGCAAGACACCCUACCAUUGGUCUCACAGCUUCCGGUAAAUCAAGGGACCCUAGACGGCCGCACAUCCCCAAUACCACACCUUUCGCAAAGAGUAAUGCAGAUGCAGCUUACAUCAAGGAACACAUUCCGCUCAGCGGUAUGCGCGAGGAAGAUCCGAGAGAAGCCCUUCUCAAGUACGCAGACAAGGCCAAGAACGAUCCUCUGUUCACAAACGCCUGGGCUACAACUCAGCCAAAGACGAUAUAUGCUGAUCUCAGUGAUGAGGAAGAGGAUGGGCCAGACAAGAAAAAGGCCAAACGAUGAGCAUUUGAUCAUAAUCACCACCUGUAACGACUAACCCAAAAAAUACUUCAUGAUACCCAAUCCAGAUAGCGCUGUGGAAGCCC